AUGGCUAUUGUUCGCAAGUAUGGUAAACCAGAUGUUUUUAUUACAAUGACUUGCAAUCCAAAUUGGCUCGAAAUGAAAGAAAAUUUGCUUCCAGCUCAACAACCUGCUGAUAGACCUGAUAUUUGCACUGGAGUUUUUAAUAUAAAAAAAGAUUAUAUGAUAGAUUUAAUAGUUCGACAAAAAUUUUUCGGUGAAGUAAAAGCUUUCGUUUAUGUAAUUGAAUUUCAAAAACGUGGUUUACCGCAUGUACAUAUGUUAAUAACUUUGAAACAAAAUUGCAAAAUUACUAAUUCGGAAACUGUUGACAAGUAUAUUUCCGCUGAAAUUCCGGAUCCUGUUAUUGAUAAAAAUUUACAUGAAAUCGUCAUGAAAAAUAUGAUUCAUGGACCUUGUGGUGAUUGGUGUAUGAUAAAUGGAAAAUGUUCGAAACAUUUUCCAAAACCCUUUCACGAAGAAACAACUAUGGAUGAAAAUGAUUAUCCGCAAUAUCGUCGAAAAGAUACUAGCAUUUUAUAUGAGAAAUCUAGAGAAUUUGUAGUAGAUAAUCGAUUUGUCGUUCCUUAUUGUUCAAUAUUAUCAACAAUUUUUAAUUGUCAUAUUAAUGUUGAAAUAGUUUCAAGUAUUAAAUCGGUGAAGUAUUUAUACAAGUAUAUUUACAAAGGUCACGAUGCAGCGUCUUUUGUUAUAGAAAAUAAUGUGAAUGAUACAGAGAUUGUUCAUGACGAAAUCAAGGAUUUUAUUGAAGCACGUUACGUAGGACCAGUUGAAGCUUAUUGGCGCAUUACAGGUAAAACAUUACAAGAGAAAAGUCAUGCUAUAAUUCGUUUACCAGUGCAUUUACCAAACGAACAAAAUGUAAUUAUCUCUGAUUGUUCAAAUGAAGAGAAUUUACAAUCUGUUUUAGAACGUAUAACAAUGUUGAUGGACUAUUUUGAUUUAAAUAAACGAGAUGUUGAUGCACGCCAGUACAGAUAUACAGAUAUACCGUUAUACUAUGUAUUUAAAAAAGUAACUCUUGAUGGACAACAAGUUAAUCGUUGGGAAAAACGUCAGCGUUAUUUCAAUUGCAUUGGAAUUACGCAUGUACUCAGUUAG